AGUGUGCAUGUGAGAGGCGAGUGAGUGUGCGUGCAAAAGAAAGCAGCUGGUGGCAGAAUCUCAAAUAUUGUGAGGAAAAUUAAUAAACAAAGAGCUGCGCUCACGGCUGAGCACAAAUUGCCUGCACGCUCGUCAAUUGUCGUUAACUAAGUCAGCAAUUGGCAGCCAAACCGUCCGCUUCUUCGUCAUUUCUCUGCUUCGUUUACUGCGACCAUCACCACUCUUGUUUCGGCCGUACAACGUCACGGAAUUCGUAAAUUUCGUAAAUUGCUCCGCGAGAAAAGCAGGAAAAUGCAUUUAUAAGCUGCCACAAGUGCCGAGAUUGUGAUAUAAUAAAGGCGAGGGCUCCAAUUAGUUAACCCCCAGUUGCAAGUAAGCCAUUAACUGGUAGGAAGUGCUGUUUAACCUGAGUUGCCCAAUAAUUUACAUCUCCAUCAAUAUUUCGUGUGUGUGUGUGAGUGCGCACGCAGGUGUGCGCUAAUAACAAAAACAACGUGGUGCACCCUCUCUCCGUCCGCUCUCCCUCUAACCGGCAAAGAGAGUAAUGUAUAAUUCUUAACCGUAAAUAACCGUAAACAGAAAACAAUUGUUGACAAGCUAUUCGCACUUUAAAAUCCCCUAACAAUGGAUAGUUUUCCAGACACAAUUCACUACUUUUAUUGCCAGCGAGAACUGUCAUAGAAAUAACUAUUUUAGGCAGCGGAAAUCGUAUAAUUACUGUUUUAGUUUUUUUUUUUUUAACAAGCGACUUAACAAUGUGGGCUGAUAAGUAUUGCUCUUCUAUUUUCAAAUUACUGUUAUCUGCAUUUGUCAAUUUUUUGUUGUCAAGUGUUUUGUUUCGCCUGCUUCAAUAUACAAUAUAAAUUGCUUUUGCCCGCUGACUGCGCAAAAUGGUACGCAGUUUAAAAUAUAUAUUUUCUCUAAAUAAACUCAUGAUAUUUUUUGGUGCCACUUAAUUUGGACUCUUAAUGGAAAUGGUUCGUUUUUUUUUUUUUUGAUUACCAAUUGUCAUAAUUUACAGCGUCCAACUGGGCACUAAAGUGGCAAAGGAACACGUACAUAAAUAUGUGGCUGAUUAUACACUUAUCGGCUAGAAUUCCGCUUUUGGGGGCGUGGGUAUUGCCAUACAACUGGGUAAACAGAGCAGUCUGCGCCACACAAUAUAACACAAAAGUGUUCCAAUGAACUAAACACCCUCCUCCGACAUUUCGUUGUUACACAUUUCCUUCGAGCCACUGCAGCGCGAUUUAAGCUCCAUUAAUGGCGGCUUGAUAUGGCCAACUCGGUUACUUAUAGUAUAUGCCAAAUGUACCCGUCCAAGUGCCACAUAUAAUGUGAAGUAGACAUUGCACGAUGCUCUCGAGCUCUUUGUCUUUGCUUGCUCCGAUUCAAUCAUCAAUGAAGCGAUGUGGAAAGCCUUAUAGCAGAUAUGUAGCAUCAGUGGGGCAGUCGCGUUUGUCAAGGUGAGCCACUUGGCUCUACAUUCAAUGUAUUGCGUUGAAGAGCAGCCAAGACUGCUCAGGCAUCUUGUAUACGAAAUGCACUUGUAAUCGCUUUUACCAAAUAAACAGUCCAAAAUUUCACAUCGAUACACGGGUCAAUGGACUCGUGUUUAUGUUCAAGUAGUCUUGUUUUCGACCAUCCAUAUCUAUACGACUGCAAAUGCGAAAUAUCUGCAAGUUCUCUGGGUAAAUUGGGCAGAGGCAUUUCAAUUACUGGACUUCAUGAAUCACUGAGCUCGUUUUAUUUCCUUAUAUACCCGCAUAAUAUAAGCAAAUUUCAGUAAUAUUAUGGACGCGUUAUCAGUUACCCCCGAGCUAAUGCCUCUCGAACUAUUUAUUGUUUUCAUAUUUUGCCACGCGCGUUUCGGAAAAAAUAAAACGUGUUACUGUGACUUUGCUCUUGAUUAUGGUGAAAUCCCCAAAUAAAACUAUAUGGUGCAAAAAACUUAAUUAUAGCGCAAAAUUAUUUUGUUUGUUGUGUGCAAUAUGAUAAUGCUAAUUGAGCUAGAAUCACACACAGAUGCUCAAUUAAAUGAAAAUGGUGGGAAUCAUAAGCUGAUGCCAGGUGAAACAAUCAAAUAGAAAAUACAAAUUAGAGUAGUCGACAAUGGGCAGUGGACGGGAAUAUAGCAGCAUGUGGAAACUCGAAUUAGGUCCAGUCUAACCUCGCCUCUUCUGUGCAGCAUGUCUUCGAAUGAGGCCUACCACGAGCCGGGUGCCGGUGGAGAUGGACCGGGCGGAUCGUCUGGCGCAUCCGGCGGAGGAAGUCAGCGGAGCAACCAGCUGCACCACCAGCAGAUACUCAACGAGACGACCUACCUGAAACCCGCCGCCAAGCAGGCCUACUUUAGCGACGAGAAGGUCCUCAUACCCGACGAUGAUAGCACAAACGUGGGUUUCAGCUUUCGCAAGCUGUGGGCCUUCACGGGACCCGGUUUUCUUAUGUCCAUUGCGUAUCUGGACCCCGGCAACAUCGAAUCCGAUAUGCAGUCUGGUGCGGCGGCCAAGUACAAGAUCUUGUGGGUCUUGCUGUGGGCCACAGUCCUAGGUCUGCUCAUGCAACGCUUGGCUGCAAGACUGGGCGUGGUUACAGGCCUGCAUCUGGCCGAGAUGUGCUACAGACAGUACAAGCGUCUGCCACGUUGGAUACUGUGGAUAAUGAUAGAGAUAGCCAUUAUUGGAUCCGACAUGCAGGAGGUCAUUGGCACGGCCAUUGCCAUAUACCUGCUGUCCAACAAAGUAGUGCCUUUGUGGGGCGGAGUGUUGAUCACCAUUGUUGACACGUUCACGUUCCUGUUUCUGGACAAGUACGGUCUACGCAAGCUGGAGUUCCUAUUCGGCACCCUCAUCACCAUUAUGGCUGUCUCAUUCGGCUAUGAGUACAUUGUAUCAGCCCCUAAUCAAGGAGAAGUUCUCGAGGGAAUGUUUGUGCCCUGGUGCUCUAACUGCAAUUCGAAUGUGUUGCUGCAGGCCGUGGGUGUCGUGGGUGCUGUUAUUAUGCCGCACAAUCUCUACCUGCAUUCCGCCUUGGUUAAGUCCCGCGAUAUAGACCGUCGCCAGACAAAGAAAGUUAGUGAGGCGAAUUUUUACUUCUUCAUCGAGGCGUCGGUAGCCUUGUUUGUGUCCUUCAUCAUUAACCUGUUUGUGGUGGCUGUGUUUGCCCAUGGCAUGUAUGGCAAAACUAAUAAUGAUGUGGUUGAAGUGUGUAAAGACAAGUCGAUGUACGAAGAUGCCAAAAUGUCUUUUGUGGACAAUGUAAAUGGAACCGCGAUCAUCGAUGCAGAUCUAUACAAGGGCGGACUUUUCCUUGGCUGCACAUUUGGAGCUGUCGCCAUGUACAUUUGGGGUGUGGGCAUUCUAGCUGCUGGCCAGAGUUCCACCAUGACGGGCACCUAUGCCGGUCAGUUCUCAAUGGAAGGCUUCUUGAAUCUGCAGUGGCCGCGCUGGUGUCGCGUGCUGGUCACGCGCUGCAUUGCCAUUAUUCCCACCUUCUGCCUGGCCAUGUUCAGCAAGAUGGAAGAUUUGACUAGCAUGAACGAUAUCCUGAAUGCGGUGAUGUCGCUCCAGCUGCCAUUCGCUGCCAUACCCACCAUCGCCUUCACCUCGUGCGCCGCCAUAAUGGGCGAGUUUGUUAAUGGACUGGGCAACAAAAUCGUAUCCAUACUGCUCACCAUUGUAGUGAUUGGCGUUAAUUUGUACUUUGUGGUGGUGCAAGUAGAGAAUAUGGAAAUUAAAGGCGGCUUGCUGGCACUAGUCUGUAUUUUUGCCAUUUUGUAUAUACUGUUCAACCUCUACCUUGUGAUACACAUGGCUGCCUGCAUGGGCAAUCAGCGUUUGAUGAACAGCCGGUGGGUGCAGCGUUUUGUGUUGCCAAGCCAGAACAGCUUUUCGAUAAAGAACGCCAACUCGACGUACGCCAGGAUUGCCACGAGUUCGGACCAGGAACCGGAGGGCUUGGCUGGUGAGGAUGCGUAGCCAUUACUGUGCUGCACUGAUUCUGAUGGCAGUGAGGAGGUUUGUUUCACCAACAGCAACAACAACGAGCUCGGCUGCCCCAGCAGCAAUCUGAACGGAACUGGGGGUCAGCACGUCGUCCUCAGCUAGCGUUGGCGUUCUAAUUGGUUCCGUGAAUGCCGCCGCCUUAACAAACCACUCGACAACGGACACAAUGUGGCAGAGUUUUCCGGGGCCAGGUUAAAAUUCGGUUCAACCUGGCUGGCGGGGAUUGGGUUGGCGUCCGUUGUUGCUUCGGGUAUACUUAUAUAAGAGGUUCUCGGAGAGGACCUGGGAUCAGUGUAACACAAUAACUAAAUUCUAAUUGAAAAGCGUACCAAAAACGGUUCAUAAACUCUACUUACUGAGAAGCGCGAAGAGACAAAAUAGAAAAUCCAUGAAAUCGUCUAAAUUAUCACUAAUCGAAAUCACUUUUAAUUAAAGCAAAUAGUUUAAAAGUCUAAUAAUAAGGCUGUGAAAUUAACUGAGUGUAAAUCGAACCACUUCAAUUGUCUAAUCGUAUUUCAAUUUGUCUGUAAAAUGAUAUAAUUGUAUGUCUCUACAUUGAACGUAUGUGAGUAAUUAUUUAUCAAAUGUUUUAAAAUUAUACUUUGUACUUUGUAUUUAUUUUGUACUGUUUAACCUAAGAACUCCCAAUUUAAAUCUGCACUUUUUAAUGUAAACUAAAGGUCCAGAGGAGUCCAUCAUCUCCUAGAUAGUUGCAAAAAAUAUUUUUAAAAUUGUUGUCUACAAAAAUCGCUAUAAAUAAAGAUUUUUAUUAUAUUAG